AUGUCCCAAGAAGUGUGCUGCAUGCCUGGAGCCCGCAUACAAGAUGUUACGGAAAGGUUGCUGAGGCUCAUUCAUCUCUCUGACCACUACCCUAUACUGCUUAUCUACCUGGGCACUAAUGAUAUUACCAGUCUGUUCAGGUUAAACUUCAUUUUAAUUAUUUGGAUCUCAACAAUGCACCUGUGGGGGUGUUACCCAACUGUCCCUUCUACGCUGUCCAGGAAAUCUGAUUACUGUCUCAUCCUGCUGAAUAGCUGCUUAGCCAAGCUGGACAGGAGUGAAGAAUUGACUUUUCUAAAACCUUUCCUGGAGAAGUCUUUCAUUAAAAGGUCCUUUCGCAAUGGAGUUGGAUCAGGAAUUAAAAAAACUUCCUUUCAAAGAGCAAAGUAA